AUGAUUUUCUUUAAUAAAUUGUUGUGGUGUAUUGCAUUGAUCAUAGUUAUUACAAACUCAGGUGAGUCCUUGGAAUGUUAUGUUUGUACAAACCAAGAUCAAAACCACAAAAAAUGUUUGAACACAAUUAAGACAUGCGAACCAGAAGAAGAUAUGUGUUUAUCAGAAAUCAGUUGGGGAUCUCCACCAUAUUGGGUUGAAGGAGGGAUCAAACAAUAUUAUGUAUCAAAGAGAUGUGCCACAAGGGCUACAUGUGAAGCUGUAAAAACUAAAACAAUGCCCUAUUGCACAUACUUAUGGUAUCAAGAUUGGAAAUGUGCUGAAUGUUGCUUAGGCGACCGUUGUAAUUUCUACAUCACUAUGGGCAGUAGUGCAGUAAAAUCCAAUCUGAUUGUGUUAUUGGGAUGCAUCACCGUGUUGAUUGGGUUCCAUGUAACCAAAACCUUAUAG